AGCGUGGAGAUCGGUGAAAGCGUGAGAGGGGAGGAUGUGUACAUCAUCCAGAGCGGCUGCGGGGAGAUCAAUGACAACCUGAUGGAGCUCCUCAUCAUGAUCAACGCCUGCAAGAUCGCGUCGUCGUCCCGGGUGACCGCCGUGAUCCCAUGCUUCCCCUACGCCCGCCAGGAUAAGAAGGACCGGAGUCGUGCUCCGAUUUCUGCGAAACUUGUGGCCAAUAUGCUGUCGGUCGCUGGCGCAGACCACAUCAUCACCAUGGAUCUGCAUGCUUCUCAGAUUCAGGGCUUCUUUGACAUUCCUGUGGAUAACUUGUACGCGGAGCCCGCGGUCCUGCAGUGGAUUCGGGAGAACAUCGCCGAUUGGAGGAACUGCAUCAUCGUGUCCCCGGACGCGGGUGGAGCCAAAAAGGGUCACGUCGAUAGCGGACAGGCUGAAUGUGGAAUUUGCCUUGAUCCACAAGGAGAGGAAGAAGGCGAACGAAGUGGACCGGAUGGUGCUGGUGGGCGACGUGAAGAACCGCGUGGCCAUCCUCGUGGAUGACAUGGCCGACACGUGUGGCACCAUCUGCCACGCUGCUGACAAGCUGAUCUCGGCCGGAGCCACCAAAGUUUAUGCCAUCCUUACCCAUGGGAUCUUCUCUGGGCCGGCUAUUUCCAGAAUAAACAGUGCUCCCUUUGAGGCCGUUGUUGUCACAAACACAAUCCCGCAAGAGGACAAAAUGAGUCACUGCUCCAAGAUCCAGGUUAUUGACAUUUCGAUGAUCUUGGCCGAGGCGAUCCGCAGGACCCACAACGGUGAAUCCGUGUCCUACCUGUUCAGCCACGUGCCGCUGUGAAUCCAGACGGGAGCGCGGAGCGAGCCUGCUGGCUUCUGACUAGUGUGUUUUUACCUGAUUCUUAGCUUUAGGACUCAGCAGUUAGAACGCAAGACAUCAGAUCGUGUGCCCUCCAACACCCACUGUUUCUUCCUUUGCACCUCGAGACCGUUUCUUUCUAGUUUGGGGUGAGGGCGGGUUAUUGAUCUGUGCACUGUCAUAAAUCAGAAAUAUUCCUGUCAUCCUGACUUGUUCUCACAGGUGACGUUCCCCUUUGUCCUGUCAACAUUUUGAGGCCACAACUUUCAGGUAUAUAAUUCCAACAUGUGGAAGUUCAUAAUGUAUAUAUUUCAGGGUUGCCAACGAUGACGUUAGGAUAAAGACUUCCCUGCAGGCACACAAUGAUAAUACUUAUGGACAUUCGGGUGUAGGAUGAGCCCUCUUAAGAACACUUUAGAAAAUUUAUAAUACCGUGAUUUUUUGGUUUAUUAUUGUGCUUAAUUGGGACCAAAUUUUAUGUCGUGUAAGACGGCCAGUCACUGUUACCACUUCUGAAAAACAUGUAACGGUCACAUUCUAGAAAUGUCAUGUUCUCAGAUUCCAUAAUGAUGCUCAGUGAGACAUCGGAUUUAGAACCCGUUUAUGAGAGAGUGUCCAUGCUCACGGUCACAGCACGCUUGCCUCUGUCCUUCCUAGAUGGACAGUUCUUUGGGCAUCUCUUGUCCCGUCGUCUUGCUGUCUUAGGUGACCUUUGUAGCUCUAGCUUUUAGUGUGCCUUUUCCCCCAAUAAUUUCAUGGUGUGGAUUUCCACCAAAAUGAAACCGUGUCAGCCCCUUCCACUUGACUAAUCGGAUCAUCAUUUUGCUUUUGACGUCAAUAAAAAGGUGGAUUUGGGCGAGUUACACCGAAUGCGUAUUUCCACGUCAUUCGUUUUGAUUUUGAACGUGCUUUUGUUUUUCCUAGUCAGAAGCAGCAAGUCUAGGCAACUGAUUAUUUCAACUAAAGCCACUACCUGAAAAAUGGGGGGCAAGAUGGGCCCACGCAAAAGGUACCAAUAAGCAAGCAUUAGUUCCUGCAUUGAAAUGAUAUUCAAAUGGGGGCCCAGCAGUGGUGGCGGGGGGAAGAUUGCUUGCUCCCCAAGAUGGGCCCUUUAUGACAUCCUCCUACGUGAGGCGUCUCCCUGACUCUGCAGAAGGCAUGCUUGCCUCUUGGGGAAUUUCAUUGCGUGCACAUCGGGGUGCAAUCACCCGAAUCCUCCAGCCCCACAAGAGGAGAACUUGCCCGCGUAGAAUCUUAAGCAGCAGUCUCCCCCCUUCCUCUGCUGAAUCUUAAAACUGGGAGAUCAGAAUCAAGUCUUUCAAUUCUGCGGGUGCAAAAGGGGAAUCUAUUGAAGCCAUUAACCAGUAAAGCAGCCUUUAAGGUCUCGAGCCUCAUUGCAGCAGAGGUGAGGCGGAAUGGAGGUGAAAGAGUAGCAUUUUGGUCAUCGCAGAAACUAGCAUUUGUCGCACCUUUAAAUGGUUUUGGAGGGGCAAUGACAUAGCCCGGGAAAGCCAGCUGUAUACUACAGAUGGCUGCAUCUAAAAAGAGCCAACUUGAAAUAUGUAAAGAGUUUAUUUAGAUGAUGUGUAGUUUUGAUUUUUCAUAAAUGAGUGAUAUCUGUAUUUCUUGGAAUCUACGCAUAGAGAAGUGAAAAUGUAGUUAUGAACACGCAUACGCAUACUUAGACAGCUUGGCAUACGAGUGUGGACAUGUUGCCAUGGCUACAGCCAGUUGAUUUGAAGGUAAUCAUCUUAUCUAACGUUGAUAGUAACAUAGAGUUAAUUUUCCAAUAAUGAUCUGCAGAUUAAAACAUGAUAGAAAAUCGGUUGUAAUUCUCUGAAUUAGGAACCGAGUGUGUGUGACAUGCUCCAGCACCACGGGUGUGUUUGGGAGUGCUUCUAAUACAUUGACUAACUCUUUAGACUAGACUAGGCCGCACACAGUGGCGGUGUGGAGAUGAGCUAUUUGGUUUCAGUUCAGCCCAGCACUCGCUUUUAUUGCUGCUGAUGCAGAAGCACUUAAGUGAGAACGCUGGGGAUGUGAGUCCUGCCCAGCCCUGCGAAAGUGGGGGCUGAUGUGGUGUACAUCUAGCCAAAAAGGGGAGCCGAGAACUGUGGACAUAUCAGAAUCGCUCAGCCUCCAACUUUAUCUAUAUUCAUACGCUAACUCAUAGGCUAACUGUCUUUUGUUAGGGGAGAUGUCGGCUAGAUUGGGAACAUACCACUUGCAGUGCUUGUAUUGGUUUAGAACAUGAGAUUGUAAGCUCUUCCAACGCUGUGCUAAAACAUUUCAAUAAAGUCAUGCUGCUGCUUUCCUUCA